AUGAGCACGGCGGGCACCUAUGCCUGGAUGGCACCCGAGGUCAUCAAGUCCUCCACCUUCUCCAAGGGCAGCGACGUCUGGAGGUAAGGUGGCUUGUAGGUGUGUAUGAUGGAGCAGUGCAGGAGGCACAUCCAGCAAUAAAUAGCUACUUACCUAACGUUACCAUCACAAUUCUGUAUGUAUGAUGACGAGAGAUGCCAACUUCCCUGCUGAGAGAUGCCAACUUCCCUGCUAAAAUAAUAAUUGAAUUAAAAUAAAGAUGUAUGACGAGACUAUUUAUGAACCAGGACUGUUGUGUGUGUGUGUGGGAACUUGUCCCCCCCACCUUCUCUGACAGUGAUGGGAUAGGUUGCAGGAGGGGAACAGCCAUGUGAUAGCAGCAGCAGCAUUUCAAAGCCUGCUCUGUGCUUUGUGUGAGACGUGUCAGGCACACUGUCCUAUUGUCCCCCUGCAUGGCGGUAGAGAGGAAGGGAGGCCACACAGCAGACCUGACCACAGCCGUUUAUCUGUGAAGGGUGUGUGGUUUUUUUGUGUGUGUGGCCAAGCAUACGUGUGUGUGUGUGUGUGUUAGUGUGCAUGCACUUGCAUACCAGUAUGUGUGGCCACACACAGGAUGUGUAUCCAAAAUAGCACACUGUGCAUCCAACACACACAACACAAACUUCUCUCUCUCACUAUUCCCAAACUAUCUUUUUCAAUUGUAUCUUCAUAACAAGUACUUUGAAUAUGUUAAUGAGAGGGUGAAAUUGAGGGCCAAUAUUGACCUCUUCUAUUCUCCUUUAUUCAUCUCCUUGGUUGUGUCCCAAAAUGACACCCUAUUUCCUUUUAUAGUGCACUAUUUAGGGAAUAGGGUGCGAUCUGGGACGUUGUCCUUCACUUCUUCUUCUUCAUAAAGCUGUAGAUUUCAGAUGAUGGCAAAAACAGAGCGGUUGAGUGGCAGAGUAAUUAAAGGACUAUUUUAAAAUGCUGCAGGCUACACUCCCCACUUACAAGAGGGCCUAGAGGGCUUUUAGAAUAGUGUGUGUGUGGAACUGUGACAUUGAAUGGAUCUAAUUGAAAGUGUGGGAGAUCCAAGUACUUUGCCACUCUUUGAGGAUUGGCACAGUCCCGUGUGUGUGUAUUUCGUAUAUAUACACUACCGUUCAAAAGUUUGGGGUCACUUUGAAAUGUCCUUGUUUUCGAAAGAAAAUCAUUUUUUUUGUCCAUUAAAAUAACAUCAAAUUGAUCAGAAAUACAGUGUAGACAUUGUUAAUGUUGUAAAUGGCUAUUGUAGCUGGAAACGGCUGAUUUUUGUAUGGAAUAUCUACAUAGGCUUACAGAGGCCCAUUAUCAGCAACCAUCAGUCCUGUGUUCCAAUGGCACGUUGUGUUUGCUAAUCCAAGUUUAUCAUUUUAAAAGGCUAAUUGAUCAUUAGAAAACCCUUUUGCAAUUAUGUUAGCACAGCUGAAAACUGUUGUGCUGAUUUAAAGAAGCAAUUAAACUGGCCUUCUUGAGACUAGUUGAGUAUCUGGAGCAUCAGCAAUUGUGGGUUCGAUUACAGAAUCAAAAUGCCCAGAAACAAAUAACUUUCUUCUGAAACUCGUCAGUCUACAGUUGAAGUCGUAAGUUUACAUAAACUUAUAUUGAAGCAACAUCUCAAGACAUCAGUGAGGAAGUUAAAGCUUGGUCGCAAAUGGGUCUUCCAAAUGGACAAUGACCCCAAGCAUACUUCCAAAGUUGUGGCAAAAUGGCUCAAGGACAACAAAGUCAAGGUAUUGGAGUGGCCAACACAAAGCCCUGACCUCAAUCCUAUAGAAAAUGUGUGGGCAGAGCUGAAAAAGUGUGUGCGAGCAAGGAGGCCUACAAAUCUGACUCAGUUACACCAGCUCAGUUACACCAGGAGGAAUGGGCCAAAAUUCACCCAACUUAUUGUGGGAAGCUUGUGGAAGGCUACCCGAAACGUUUGACCCAAGUUAAAGAAUUUAAAGGCAAUGCUACCAAAUACUAAUUGAGUGUAUAUAAACUUCUGACCCACUGGGAAUGUGAUGAAAUAAAUGAAAGCUGAAAUAAAUCAUUCUCUCUACUAUUAUUCUGACAUUUCACAUUCUUAAAAUAAAGUGGUGAUCCUAACUGACCUAAGACAGGGAAUAUUUACUAGGAUUAAAUGUCAGGAAUUGUGAAAAACAGUUUAAAUGUAUUUGGCUAAGGUGUAUGUAAACUUCCGACUUCAACUGUAUUCUUGUUCUGAGAAAUGAAGGCUAUUCCAUGCGAGAAAUUGCCAAGAAACUGAAGAUCUCGUACAAUGCUGUGUACUACUCCCUUCACAGAACAGCGCAAACUGGCUCUAACCAGAAUAGAAAGAGGAGUGGGAGGCCCCAGUGCACAACUGAGCAAGAGGACAAAUACAUUAGUGUCUAGUUUGAGAAAGACGCCUCACAGGUCCUCAACUGGCAGCUUCAUUAAAUAGUACCCGCAAAACACCAGUCUCAACGUCAACAGUGAAGAGGCAACUCCGGGAUGCUGACCUUCUUGGCAGAGUUGCAAAGAAAAAGCCAUAUCUCAGACUGGCCAAUAAAAAUAAAAGAUUAAGAUGGGCGAAAGAACACAGACACUGGACAGAGGAAGAUUGGAAAAAAGUGUUAUGGACAGACGAAUCGAAGUUUGAGGUGUUCGGAUCACAAAGAAGAACAUUUGUGAGAUGCAGACCAAAUGAAAAGAUGCUGGAGGAGUGCUUGAUGCCAUCUGUCAAGCAUGGUGGAGGCAAUGUGAUGGUCUGGGGGUGAUUUGGUGGUGGUAAAGUGGGAGAUUUGUACAGGGUAAAAGGGAUCUUGAAGAAGGAAGGCCAUCAUUCCAUUUUGCAAUGCCAUGCCAUACCCUGUGGAUGGCGCUUGAUUGGAGCCAAUUUCCUCCUACAACAGGACAAUGACCCAAAGCACAGCUCCAAACUAUGCAAUAACUAUUUAGGGAAGAAGCAGUCAGCUGGUAUUCUGUCUAUAAUGGAGUGGCCAGCACAGUCACCGGAUCUCAACCCUAUUGAGCUGUUGUGGGAGCAGCUUGACCGUAUGGUACGUAAGAAGUGCCCAUCAAGCCAAUCCAACUUUUGGGAGGUGCUUCAGGAAGCAUGGGGUGAAAUCUCUUCAGAUUACCUCAACAAAUUGACAACUAGAAUUCCAAAGGUCUGCAAGGCUGUAAUUGCUGCAAAUGGAGGAUUCUUUGACGAAAGCAACGUUUUGAAGGACACAAUUAUUAUUUAUAUUAAAAAUCAUUAUUUCUAACCUUGUCAAUGACUACAUUUCCUAUUCAUUUUGCUAUAUUUCCUAUUCAAACUAAUUUCAUGUAUGUUUUCAAUGAAAACAAGGACAUUUCUAAGUGACCCCAAACCUUUGAACGGUAGUGUAGGUGACAAGCCCCAUCAUGUUUUUGUUAUAGUAAACAAUAGUUGACUAAUUGAAUCAGAUGUGAUCAUACUAGAAGGGCCAGGGAAUGGUUUGAGAAACUGCCCUAACCUUCCAUUGAUGGCUCCUCUCACCCUCUCUCCUCCCCAGCUAUGGUGUUCUUCUGUGGGAGUUGCUGACAGGAGAGGUUCCCUACAGGGGCAUAGAUGGUUUGGCUGUGGCCUACGGAGUGGCUGUCAACAAACUCACCCUCCCCAUCCCCUCCACCUGCCCAGAACCCUUCGCCAUGCUCAUGGCAGGUAAGAGACCUCUGUGUGUGUGUGUGUGUGUGUUUUAAAUUUGGUGUAACCAUUAUUCUCUCUCUGUCUCCAUUUCCUCAAACCAGGAGGCUGAAUAAAAAAAUGAGUGUUCUGUAAAAUGUUAGAUUUGGUCAUGCACAAGAAAAACAUUCUGAGCUACUGGUUAGGUUGUGGCUGCUGUUCAAGGAUGUUGGAGGUUGUUGUUGGUUUGCUGUGUUGGUGAUGGUUAGAUUUGACAAAACCACUAAUGAAAUAAUUUGGUCAUCAGUCGGGUAUACAGCCUUGACAAUGCCUAGCCAAAUUACAGCCAUAAUGCGCUUUAAGUUGUAAACUCAGCAAAAAAAUAAACGUCCUCUCACUGUCAACUUAUUUUCAGCAAUCUUAACGUGUAAAUAUUUGUAAGAACAUAACAAGAUUCAACAACUGAGACAUAAACUAAACAAGUUCCACAGACAUGUGACUAACAGAAAUUGAAUAAUGUGUCCCUGAACAAAAGUGUCCCUAGUUGUCAAAAGUGACAGUCAGUAUCUGGUGUGGCCACCAGCUGCAUUAAGUACUGCAGUGCAUCUCCUCCUCAUGGACUGCACCAGAUUUGCCAGUUCUUGCUGUGAGAUGUUACCCCACUCUUCCACCAAGGCACCUGCAAGUUCCCGGACAUUUCUGGGGGAAUGGCCCUCACCCUCCGAUCCAACAGGUCCCAGACGUGCUCAAUGGGAUUGAGAUCCGGGCUCUUCGCUGGCCAUGGCAGAACACUGACAUUCCUGUCUUGCAGGAAAUCAUGUACAGAACUAGUAGUAUGGCUGGUGGCAUUGUCAUGCUGGAGGGUCAUGUUAGGAUGAGCCUGCAGGAAGGGUACCACAUGAGGGAGGAGGAUGUCUUCCCUGUAACGCACAGCGUUGUGACUGCCUGCAAUGACAACAACCUCAGUACGAUUAUGCUGUGACACGUGACGGACCCUCCACCUCCAAAUCGAUCCCGCUCCAGAGUAUAGGCCUCGGUGUAAUGCUCAUUCCUUCGACGAUAAACGCGAAUCCGAACAUCACCCCUGGUGAGACAAAACCGCUACUCGUCAGUGAAGAGCACUUUUUGCCAGUCCUGUCUGGUCCAGCGACGGUGGGUUUGUGCCCAUAGGUGACGUUGUUGCCAGUGAUAUCUGGUGAGGACCUGCCUUACAACAGGCCUACAAGCCCUCAGUCCAGUAUCUCUCAGCCUAUUGCGGACAGUCUGAGCACUGAUGGAGGGAUUGUGCGUUCCUGAUGUAACUCGGGCAGUUGUUGUUGCCAUCCUGUACCUGUCCCGCAGGUGUGAUGUUCGGAUGUACCGAUCCUGUGCAGGUGUUGUUACACGUGGUCUGCCACUGCGAGGACGAUCAGCUGUCCGUCCUGUCUCCUUGAAGCGCUGUCUUAGGCGUCUCACAGUACGGACAUUGUAAUUUAUUGCCCUGGCCACAUCUGCGGUCCUCAUGCCUCCUUGCAGCAUGCCUAAGGCACGUUCACACAGAUGAGCAGGGACCCUGGGUAUCUUUCUUUUGGUGUUUUUCAGAGUCAGUAGAAAGGCCUCUUUAGUGUCCUACGUUUUCAUAACUGUGACCUUAAUUGCUUACCGUCUGUAAGCUGUUAGUGUCUUAACGACCGUUCCACAGGUGCAUGUUCAUUAAUUGUUUAUGGUUCAUUGAACAAGCAUGGGAAACAGUGUUUAAACCCUUUACAAUGAAGAUCUGUGAAGUUAUUUGGAUUUUUACUAAUUAUCUUUGAAAGACAGGGUCCUGAAAAAGGGAAGUUUCUUUUUUUGCUGAGUUUAGAUUUGUUUGUGCAUGAAUUGUGUCAUGUCCUGAAUUUACAGGGUUAUGUAUGCUUUGGUAGUGGAGUAACUGUCAUUUGCAUGUUAUUAUAAUUCGUCUCAACUCGAUGUGUCUGCCUUCACAGAGUGCUGGGAUCAGGACCCACACCACAGGCCCAACUUUGCCUCCAUCUUGGUUCAGCUGACGGCUCUAGAGAGGCAGGUGGUGGAGGAGAUGCCUCAGGACUCCUUUCAUUCCCUACAGGAGGACUGGAAACUGGAGAUCCAGGACAUGUUUGAUGAGCUCAGGGCCAAGGAGAAGGUGAGUGAAACGGCUGUCUUUUAGAGAGAGGCUGGGAUGGUUGUGGUUAUUGUGUGUGAGUUUCUAAUAGACAUGGAGAAGUAGGAGUGUGCUUGUUAUUGAUGCACAUAAAUGGAGCACCCCUUUACUUUUUCCACAUUUUGUUAGAGCCUGAAUUUAAAAUUGAUUAAAUUGAGAUUCUGUGUCACUGAUCUACACACAAUACCCCAUAAUAUCACAGUGGAAUGUCAAAAAGUGGAAUAAAAAAUGUAAAACUGAACUGUCUUGAGUCAAUAAGUAUUCAACCCCUUUUUUAUUGCAAGGCUAAAUAAGUUCAGGAGUAAAAAUGUGCUUAACAAAUCUCAUAAUAAGUUGCAUGGACUCAUUCUGUGUUCAAUAAUAGUGGUUAACAUGAUUUUUGAAUGACUACCCUAUCUCUGUAGCCCACACAUAAUAUGUAAGGUUCAACCACAAGCCCAGACUCAACCACAAAGACCAGGGAGGUUUUUCAAUGACUCGCAAAGAUAUGGGUAAAAAAAAGAAAGAAAGGAGAGAAAAAAAGACACUUAAUAUCCCUUUAAUUUAUUAAUUACGCUUUGUAUGGUGUAUCAAUACACCCAGUCACUGCAAAGAUACAGGCAUCCUUCCUUGCUCAGUUGCUGGAGAGGAAGGAAACUGCUCGGGGAUUUAACCAUGAGGCCAAUGAGGAUUUUAAAACAGUUAGAGUUUAAAGGUUGUGAUACGAGAACUGAGGAUGGAUCAACAACAUUGUAAUUACUCCACAAUACUAACCUAAAUGACAGAGUGAAAAGGAAGCCUGUACAGAAUAGAAAUAUUCCAAAAUGUGCGUCCUGUUUGCAACAAGGCACUUAAGUAAUACUGCAAAAAAUGUGGCUAAGAAAUGUUUUGUCCAGAAUACAAAGCGUUAUGUUUGGGGCAAAUCCAACACAUCACUGAGUACAACUCUUCAUAUUUUCAAGCAUGGUGGUGGCUGCAUCGUGUUAUUGGUAUGCUUGUCAUAAGGAAAGACUAGGACGUUUUUUAGGAUAAAAAUAAACAAAAUACAGCUAUAAGCAAAGGAAAAAUCUUAGUUCAGUCUGCUUUCCAACAGGCACUGGGAGAUGAAUUCACCUUUCAGCAGGACAAUAACCUAAAACACAAGGCCAAAUCUACACUGGAGUUGCUUACCAAGACGACAUUGAAUGUUCCUAAGUCUCCUAGUUACAGUUUUGACUUAAAUCGGUUUGAAAAUCUAUGGCAAGACUUGAAAAUGGCUGUCUAGCAAUGAUUAACAAUCAACUUGACAGAGCUUGAAGAAUUUAAAGAAAUUAUAAUGGGCAAAUAUUGUAUAAUCCAGGUGUGCAAAGCUCUUAGAGACUUACCCCAAAAAACGGACUGCUGUAAUCUCCGCCAAAAAUGCUUCUACAAAGUAUUGAAGGCUCUGCUGUAGCCGGCCGCAACCGGGAGACCAAUGGGGCGGCGCACAAUUGGCCCAGCGUCGUCCAGGGUAGGGGAGGGAAUGGCAGGCAGGGAGGUAGCUCAGUUGAUAGAGCAUGGCGUUUGCAACGCCAGGGUUGUGGGUUCGUUUCCCACGGGGGGCCAGUAUGAAAAUAAUAAUGUAUGCACUAACUGUAAGUCGCUCUGGAUAAGAGCGUCAGCUAAAUGACGUAAAUGUAAAUGGGUGUGAAUACAGAUAUUUCGGUAUUUCAUUUUCAAUAAAUGUGCAACAUUUUCUAAGAAUAUUAGUUUGUGUGUGAGUGUGUAAUAAACACCAAUUGUAUUGUUUUAUCUAUGUAAUGUGUGUGUAUAUUUGUACUCCAGCAGUAACCACAAAAAAAUCUCCCAAUUUCCAGGAGCUGCGUUGCCGCGAGGAGGAGCUGAAGCGUGCGGCGGUGGAGCAGAAGUCCCACGAGGAGUUCCUGAGGCAGAGGGAGCAGCAGCUGGCCCAGUGGGAACAGGACGUGUUUGAGAGGGAGCUCAGUCUGCUCAUCCUGCACAUGAACAACCAGGAGAAGCCCAAUGUCAAGAAGAGGAAGGGAACGUUCAAGAAGCACAAGCUUAAGGGCAGCAAGAACGGAGAGAAGAUCAGCAUGCCCCAAGGUGAGGGGACGGGGUAACUUGCUUGGGAUGUCUUGAAAUAGGAAAUACUGGUCAAUUGGUUGGAUGGUCUGUGAGUCAGAUAGAUAGGCAGAGAAGGAAUCAGUCAGUUGCCAUUUGAAAUCAUUGAGACCUGGCCAAGAAGGCAGCUACAGUACUUGUCAUUGUACUUAGUUCACCUCAGCUCACCUCACACUACUUCACGACUGAGUGUGCGGAAGUAUUACAUACUGUAGCAUCAUAUCUUAUAAUGGCCGUCCAAAUACCCAUUGAUAUUUGUUGCUAACUGCAUAGGUUUUUACUAAACAAUACAUUCUAAAUAGUAGGUAGAACUAGAAGUACACAGUGUGUCGUUUUAGUAAGUAGUAGGCGAGACAGAUUUCGGACACGGCCAUAAUCAACUAUAGGCUCACUUUCUCCUGUAGACUACUCCCAUUGUUACUGAUAAGAAUCUCACCAUAGAAACAAACCCACACACACACUUUCAUCCUGCACACUCGUCAUGCCUCAUACGGACACACUCAGCGUUUCUCAUACAGAUCCACUCUCUCUUUCCAAAUGCGCUCAGACUCUUACUGCGUGCGUGCAUGAGUACUGUCUGUGUGUGGGUAAACUCGUGUAUGCAUGUUCAGUCUAUGUGUCUCUGUGUGUAUGUGCAUGUGUGCGCACUUGUUUAUGCGCAUGGGUGUGUGGAGGCUGUGGUCAGGCCUUCCCAGCAGCAGGGAAGAGAUUUGAUGUGGGGUUGAUGAGAGGGACAUGGAGCCAACCCAACCACGCCUCUGGGCUUCCUCUCACCCCUGGCUGGCCCUUCUCGCUCUAUCGCUCUAUCGCUCCCCCGCCCCAAACCCCCCCCAACAUUUCCACCUACACACCCACAAAGAUACAUUAUCCUACUACGCAAAGCUAGAACAGACAUCCUUCAGGCCUCUCAUGUUUUCGUUUAGUUUGGCCUAACAAAUUACCAUAUUAUCAUGGCAUUACAUGAAAAGGAAAUUCAGACACCCACUCCACCACAUUAAUUAUUUUCAAGGAGAAGCUAGGUAAACAAUCUUGCCGAAGACGAGCAAUUCCUUGCCUGUUUGAAUCGGAGUCGAGUUCAGUAGGGCACACCAUAGCAAAAUGCUUUGCAACGGUAAAAUAAAUCUGUGUUCUUAUUGUUACACAAGAUCCGGUACUACCUCCCCGUUUACUCUGUUUCAAAACAUUUUCUCUCUACUGAACAGGACCCAGGAUUGUGAUUUAUUAUUGUUUAUUUCUGUGUGUGUGGCCUGUUCUCACAUCUGGUGUAUGUCUCUUCCAGACUUCAUCCACAAGAUCACAGUGCAGGCGUCUCCGGGGCUGGAGAAGAGACGCAAUUCUCCUGAUCUGGGCUCCGGCAACUCUCCCUCCUUAGGCCCACGCUUCCGAGCAAUCCAACGUGAGUGUGGUCUUUCUCUGCACCACACAUACACACACACACACCCUCUCAGUUCACACACUAACACACUAUACAUUCUCUCAGUUUACACACACACAUGCACACAAACAGGCAUGUAUGCAGUGCACGUGUGCAUGACACACACACACACACACCUCAUCCUUUGUUUGACCUAUACAUGCUCACUUCAAUCAGCCCUUACAUUCCCUCUCUCCUUCACCCUGUCUUGCAGCCUCUCUCUCUCUCUCUCUCUCUCACUCACUCACUCACUCACUCACUCACUCACUCACUCACUCACUCACUCACUCACUCACUCACUCACUCACUCACUCACUCACUCACACACACACACACACACCCUUUCACAACAAUACAGUGCCUUCGGAAAGUUUUCUGACCCCUUGACUUUUUCCACAUUUUGUUACGUUACAGCCUUAUUCUAAAAUUGAUUAAAUCGUUUUUUCCCCCCUCAUCAAUCUACACACAAUACCCCAUAAUGACAAAGCAAAAACAUAUUUUUUUAAAAUUUUUUUGCUAAUUUAUUAAAAAUAAAACAACUAAAUAUUACAUUUACAUAAGUAUUCAGACCUUUUACCCAGUACUUUGUUGAAGCACCUUUGGCAGCGAUUACAGCAUUCGAGUCUUCUUGGGUAUGACGCUACAAGCUUGGCACACUUGUAUUUGGCGAGUUUCUCCCAUUCUUCUCUGCAGAUCCUCUCAAGCUCUGUCAGGUUGGAUGGGGAGCGUUGCUGCACAGAGAUUUUCAGGUCUCUCCAGAGAUGUUAGAUCGGAUUCAAGUCUGGGCUCUGCCUGGGCCACUCAAGGACAUUCAGGGACUUGUCCCGAAGCCACUCCUGCGUUGUCUUGGCUGUGUGCUUAGAGUCGUUAUCCUUUUGGAAGGUAAACCUUCGCCCCAGUCUGAGGUCCUGAGCGCUCUGGAGCAGGUUUUCAUCAAGGAUCUCUCUUUACUUUGCUCCGUUCAUCUUUGCCUCGAUCCUGAAUAGUGUCCCAGUCCCUGUCGCUGAAAAACAUCCCCACAGCAUGAUGCUGCCACCAACAUGCUUCACCGUAGGGAUGGUGCCAGGUUUCCUCCAGACGUGAUGCUUGGCAUUCAGGCCAAAGAGCUCCAUCUUGGUUUCAUCAGACCAGAGAAUCUUGUUUCUCAUGGUCUGAGAGUCUUUAGGUGCCUUUUGGCAAACUCCAAGCGGGCUAUCAUGUGCCUUUUACUGAGGAGUGGCUUCCGUCUGGCCACUCUACCAUAAAGGCCUGAUUGGUGGAGUGCUGCAGAGGUGGUUGUCUUUCUGGAAGGUUCUCCCAUCUCCACAGAGGAACUCUGAAUCUUGGUCACCUCCCUGACCAAGGCCCUUCUCCACCGAUUGGUCAGUUUGGCAUGGCGGCCAACUCUAGGAAGAGUGGUGGUUCCAAACCUCUUCCAUUUAAGAAUGAUGGAGGCCACUGUGUUCUUGUGGACCUUCAAUGCAGCAGAAAUGUCUCAGAGCUCUACGUACAAUUCCUUCGACCUCAUGGCUUGGUUUAUGCUCUGACAUGCAACUGUGGGACCUUAUAUAGACAGGUGUGUGCCUUUCCAAGUCAUGUCCAAUCAAUUGUAUUUACCACAGGUGGACUCCAAUCAAGUUGUAGAAACAUCUCAAGGAUGAUCAGUGGAAACAGGAUGCACCUAAGCUCCAUUUUUCGAGUCUCAUAGCAAAGGGUCUGAAUACUUAUGUAUAAGGAAUUUCUGUUUUUUUAUUUUUAAUACAUUUGCAAAAAUGUCUAAAAACCUGUUUUCGCUUUGUCAUUAUGGGGUAUUGUGUGUAGAUUGCUAAGGAAAAUGUUUAAUUUAAUCCAUUUUAGAAUAAGGCUGUAAUGUAACAAAAUGUGGAAAAAGUCAAGGGGUCUGAAUACUUUCCGAAGGCACUGUAGCUGUUCCAGUCCAAAUAUUAUCUGACUUACUUUUAAUAAGGGAUCAGCAGUGUAUUUGUUUCAGCCUUCAGUUCUAGAUCUGCAAUUUCCCCUUUCUACCAGAUAGGGGAGUCCUUGCUCCAUGUGUUACAAUGUCAAAAUAAUCUCUGCAUUUUUACAUGCAUGUCUUGUUCCAGAUUGAAAGCCUUUUUACUGAAUUAGUCUUGGUGAGGCUGUGUUGCAGUACUUAGUAGGGGGUGGAGGUCCAUUUGAGUAAGAGCACUGUUCUGGAGUCAGCACUAAAUACAAAUGAGAAUGACUGUUUCCUCUUAGUGGGGGAAUUCUCCCAAUAGAUCACGCGUCUACAGGAAUUUUCUGUGUCGCAACAGACUGUAAGGGGUUUUCCCAAAAUUCCCCAUAAAAUAGGCCUAACCACUGUGGUUGAGUUUAAGAGCACCAUUUAAUUUAUAUUAAAUAUUUAAUUGGUUUAGCAGUUUCAAAAACCAUCUGUUUGAUUCCUUUAUGCAUUAAAAAGUGGGUUGGAUUCAUGACUCGGUAAUAACGCGUCUGCUUAAUGGUAAUUUUCAGGGUUUGAGAGUGCGGCUGUCAUUAAAAUGUAUUUCCUUAUUUAGCGAACAUCUGUGCUAGCAAUGUCAAGGCAGACGAUGACUCACUGAACCCAGGGGCCAUAUGGGUAGAAUUGUGUUAGCGCUUUAGCAUCUUGCUAGUGUUUUAGCGUCUUCUCACUGUAUCGGUCCAUAGAGAUUUCUGAGAUGUCAUAACUGACACAAACCUGAUAGCACAUUGCGUCUCAGUCGGAACCCCAUUUGGGAUGGCUGUUGAGAGCUGUUCAGAAUCAUGCAGCAUUUGUUUAACAUUAGCGUAACGUUAGCUAGCCCCGAGGGGGGUUAGAAAGUAGGCUGUUAGUGUGUCAGCAUCAGGUGGAGUCUCACUUCUGUUAUUGCUCUCUUUGUUCCCCCACUCUCCGUCGCUCCUCCCCUCUCUCCCCCUGUAUACUUGGCUCCUCGGUUCCACACUGUUCCAGUGACAUGUGAAAUCUUGGUUUUAGCCCGGAGCACCUCACCUGUUCUGGUGCACACUGGCACACAUGUAUCCCAGCUAGAGAACGCAAUGUGUUGGACAAGACCCAGUUGUUCUACUCUGUUUGAUGGUUGUGUGUCACUGUCACCAACCUAUGUUAUGGUGCUUGUAUUAGAGGUGGUCUUGAACUGAAAUGUAUUGUGUGUGUUCAUGUAAGUGUUUUUUAAUUAAUAUACUCUCUCUCUCUCACUCCUCCUCUCCAGUGAGCCCCAGUGAGAACAACAGGGCAUUUGGUCUGAGCUCUAUGUGGCCCUUGGAGGCCCCUCCACACAACAAGCAGGCUAACGGGGACCGGCUGGGCCCUCACUGGAGGCCCCAGAGCCCAAAGAGCCCCAAGAGCCCCAAAGUCCUGCGCUUAAGCCCUCAGGAGAGCAGGUAGUAACCCUCUCCCUCAGACCCCUCCAUAAACAGGGCCAGAUAUGGACAAUUUAUACCGUAUUGGCUAAAGCAGAACUAGUAUGUUUUUAAGUCACUGUGUAUGUGUGUGUUCCAGUCUUUCAAUGAGAGCCAAGCUCCUGGAAAUGGACAGCAAUGAGAACGUAGACUCCAAGGAUGACUUUGAGGAGUACAGACCCUCCACGCCACAGCCUGCCCAAAACGGUAUGCUCUUCACCACUAUUAGAGUUACACUACCAUAUUCACAUGCACACACACCACCUCUAGCCUAACUCGCUCUCUCCCUCUCUCCAUCUCCCUCUCUCCAUCUCCAUCUCCCCAGGCUCCUCAGUGAAGGAGCCCCCCAGGCCUUCUCUACCUCAUGGGGACUCGGGCAGCGAGGAGGGGCUGGAGGGGGGUUCCCCGGCCGGUUCCCCCAGGCCCGAGCACCGUUCCCUGGGAGGCCUUCUGAGGAGCACCCACCGGGCCCUACUGGGAGGAGGCUCUCUCCUAGCCUCAGUGGCCCUGGGACGACACCUGGACGUGCCCCACAUCCCCCCCAGGGUGCCCCCCCGGACUAACCCCCAGCCCCUGGACCACCACCACCACCCCCCGCAGGAGGUCAACAUCACAGCCCCCAAAGUCCUCUCCUCCUCGGACCCCCCUGUGGUGGAUGAUCUUAUAACCUUCUCCAGCUCGGAGCCCCUACACCGGCCCCUCUUUGACUUUCCCUGCGCCCUGCACGCCCCUGAGGUGAAACCCCUGCCCCUCACGCCGCCUCCCCCUCACCCCCGGGAAAGGGCCUGCCACAGGCACGCCCAGGCCCCCCGGAGCCCCCAUCACCAGACCCAGGGACAGGCCAGCCCAGGGGAGUGGAUCUGCCACAGGCAUGCCCAGAGUCCCCACACCCCCCAGAGUCCCCAGCAGCAGAUCCAGGUCCAGGGCCAAGCUAACCCAGCGGAGUGGGCCCCUUCCCCCCACCACACCAACGGGGUGCCUGGUUGUGACGCCUGGGGCUAUGGGGCGGACAGGAGGAGGAGGUCCAGCCAAAGCCUGCUCUCCGCCUCUCAGCUAGGUGAGGGUAUAUACACACACGCACAAAUACAAACGCAUGCAUGCAAGACAGGGGAUUUUUCUUAUUUCAUCAUUACAGAGCAAAAACACACAUAUCAUCCAAAUGCUUACAUGUAGGUAAGCUCAGCUCUGACAGUUACUUUUACAGUCAGUCAUUUAAUGAUGGUGGAGCAGGAGCACGGUAAAUGUAAUAGAUUCUCACAGCAAACCUAAGGGGUGUUUUAAAGCGUUGCCCUCCGGUGCCAUUUGAUAUGCUAACUUCAUAUCUAGUCGCAACAGUGUUCUCUCUAAGGAAGCCGUCUUGGAACUGCCUCGAGCUUAUCAUCAAGCCUGCAUCUGCUUGUAAUGCUGCUAAUAACUUUCAUCUUAUAACUAUAAUCAAACAACUCAUCAACUCCUCACAUGGUGCAUGCAGAGGUGAAAGGUUAAUUAAACAAAUAACAAAGCUAUUACCAUAUGCCCGAAUAUAUGUUCUGUUUUUUUAUUGCGGUUGUUGUUAUAAAGUUGUUGGCAGCAUACAUAUGAAAUUACUGGAACUGAAAAGAAACUCAGACCGCAGCAAUUUGAUUGCAGUCUCAUGGGUACACUAAAUAUGCCUGUGUAAUUGUGUUUCUAUACUUGUGGCACCCUAUUCCCUAUAUAGUGCACUACUUUUGAUCAGGGCCCAUAGGCAAUAGGGUACCAUUUGGGAGGCAGACUUGGAGAGCUAACAAUAGAGGAUUUGUUAUUUGUUGACUGAAAAGUGGUGUUUGGUUGGUUCUCCGUCGUGGGGUUCUUGAUUGCGGUUCCGUGUCAGCUGAACUACUUAACACCUCCAGAGAGCUGUCUCAGAUCGAACACCUUUGGGUUUCCGCCUCACCUUUUCAACCCUAUCGUCUGCACGCAAGCUCGUCUCGCUUCAGUGCUUAUUCAAUGCCCCAUUAGGAUCUAAUUUCCAUCACUGAAAGUGGGGCUUUUCUCAGUCUGUAACGUUAGACUAAGAAGAAAAUGUCUGCACACUUAGACAAUAGACAUUUAUUUGAUGCGUUUUAGUGAAACGGUAUAUACAUAUUUAUUAUCAUCUCUGUGUUCUCUCUCUCUCUCUCUCUCUCUCUCUCUCUCUCUGUGUUUUAGACCUCCCCCUUUGCCAGGACAGUCUGGAGUCAGAAGACGACAAGCCCUCUGCGGCCCCCUUCUCACUGUUCCCUGACCCUCGCCUCUGGAGCCCUAAAACACGGCGCCUGGAGGUCAACGUCAUCCCGCGCCCGCGCCCCUCCCCCAUCCGACCCCGCAUUGACCCAUGGAGCUUCAUCUCAGCCGGGGGCGGUGGCGGGGGGUAUGGUAGUGCCCACGGGCCACGGCGGUCAGACAGCCACCUGCUGGGGUACCAGCCUUCGCCCACUAACCCCUUCACGAACUGUGACCCCUUCCCCUCCCCGGACUGUGACCCGUUCUCCCUGAGGGCCUACCCAUCGUCAGGCACCACGCCCGACACACCAUUGCCCUUUGACCCCUUCUCUGCACCGUUUCCCACCUCCCGCUCAGCGCCCUGCUCCACCAACGGGUCCCCGACCCUGCCCACGUUCCGGGUAGCACCCCUGAACCCGGCCGACUCACCGCUCAUCGACCUGGGCUGGGCUGCUGCAUGCGGGGUCGGGGUCAAGCCCCUGGAUGUCACCAAAGAGAAGAUGCGACCCAGGAAGACUCUAGGACUCAAGCCCUUCAAGUCCCCCACGCAACUCAGAGACGAUCGCUUCUAA